AUGAAUAAUUCCUAUUCAGAACCAGAAUUUUCAAUCCCUGAUUCAACACCUCGUUCGAGUAAGACCGAGUUCGUGGUUGCUGGUCUUCGAAUAUACGUGUACGGGUUGGAGGAACUGAAGUUGAUGCAUUGGUCCAAUAAUGAAAUCGCGGUGUUAUACCUCGCUCACGGUCGCACGCUCACGUACUUGAAUAUGGAAGGCUUUGCUCAUGAGAUCCUCCAUCGGUAUCGCAAUGACCGUCGGCCGAGGAAGACCAAUUUGAUUGCUGUUACGUUAGAUAUGCCGAACCACGGUGAUCGCGAGGUACAUUGUCCCACUCUCUUCACGGCCUCCAACGCUCCUCACGCCAAAGUCCCUCAUAUUAGCAGGGAAGCAAAUCUUUCCUGGGAUUCGGGUAAUGAGACACAUGGCCCUGAUAUGCUCUCCCUUAUAUCGGCAUCAGCGUCCGAUUUCGGCAUUUUAUUCGACUAUCUCCCAUCCUAUAUCCCCGGCCGCUUCAAAAAGUUCUACAACAUUAUGGCAGGUGUGUCCCUUGGAGGACAUGUCGCGUGGCGCGUAUCCAAGUCAGUGGGCGCCAACAAAAUCCACGGCAUCGUACCCAUCAUCGCAUCCCCAAAUUUGACCGGCCUCAUGCUGACUCGCCUGGGCGUCGACGCUUCUAUCCUUAAAUUGACCUAUCGGGACCUAUACACCCUCUCCUACAAAGACUUGGCAACUGUAUUGACAGAAGAGCAGCAGCGACGCUGGCCGGAAUCCCUCAGUAAGAUAGUGCAAGAGACCGACCGUACUAUUGAAGAAGAUUUUCCGAAGGAUAUUCCUAUGUUGAUCCAGAACGGAGAACAGGAUCUUCUUGUACCCAGUGAAUUCGCAACCCAGUGGGCACAGCAUACCAAUCCCGCUCCGUGCAAGAAGAUUGAGUGCUUUGUGCAAAAGAACACAGGGCAUACAUGUACAAAGGAGAUGGUCGCCAACACAGCUGAUUGGCUAGUGAGGUUGUUUAUGAUAUAG